AUGAAUUGUGAUGCAAGUUGUCUAACGGAGCCCCUGAGGCCUGGUUUGUCUCAUGUAACACAAUUUACAUAUUUAUCACAUUAUAAGGAAAUUCAAUUUCAAUUUUCACCGAAAAAGAAGAAACUUUCAGAUGCCUCAACCCAACAGAAGAAGCUCGGAAGAACUGCCUCUAGGCCUUUAGCUCCGGAUAUUUAUGUGUCUGUCAAACAAUGGCAAACGACGGUUUCAGCAUUUAUUCUCACUUCAAGGCAUUUGAAUAAUAAUAGAUUUUAUGCAAAUUAUAGUGAACUGAGGGAAGUUCAAGCCAUGCGAAUGUGA